UGGCUAUUGCAAAAUUCUCCCCAAGAGUGGUCAACGGGGCGUGGAGUGCUGGGUAUACCUAUGUGUAGUCUUUAGAUUUCAGGUAGGAUACGGGGUAACGCUCGCUAGCAAUGUCGAGAAUUGGAGCCAUGGAUGACGAUGAAAGGAUAUUGGUCGACAAUAACGGUCAAUCGCAGAAUCCUUACACACCUGAGCAGACAACACACUGGCCACCUAAGGAACCAGUCGAUGCACCAACCUAUCGCUCCAUAGAAAUGCAGCAGUCUACCUCGUACCAGGCAAAGCCUUUUGACGAAAGCAAACAACGGAACACUUAUGCUUACAAUGAAGAAGAGGCUUCCCUGGGAUGUUGUGGAUGUAUCCUGUGGGGAUUUUCUAUUUUCUUAUUCGUAAUAUUCCUACCUUUCUCCCUCUGCAUCUGUAUGAGCAUGGUGCAAGAAUAUGAAAGAGCUGUGAUAUUUAGGUUGGGACGAAUCAAGGCUGGCGGAGCGCAAGGGCCAGGUAUGUUUUUUGUCCUGCCCUGUAUUGAUGACAUACAAAAGGUGGAUUUGAGGACAAAGACAUUCAACAUCCCGCCACAGGAGAUCCUAUCAAAGGACACAGUGACAGUGACAGUAGAUGCUGUUAUAUACGCCUCUGUGUUUGACCCUGUCUUGUCUGUGUGUAAUGUUACGAAUGCCAUGCAAGCGACAACCCUCUUGUCAGCCACCACCCUGAGGAACGUACUGGGUACACACUCAAUGGCUGAAAUGUUACAAGAAAGGGAGUCCAUUGCUACAACCAUGCAGAGCUUGUUAGACGAAGCAACAAACCAGUGGGGAAUCCGAGUUGAACGUGUGGAAAUAAAAGACGUACGAUUGCCCAACAUGUUGCAGCGUGCUAUGGCUGCGGAGGCUGAGGCAGCCAGAGAUGCUAAAGCCAAGGUAUUGGCUGCUGAAGGUGAACAGAUGGCCUCUCGUGCCCUCAAGGAAGCUGCUGACAUCAUUUCUUCAUCACCCACUGCCCUCCAGCUCCGCUACUUACAGACUCUUAGCACAGUAGCUGCAGAAAGAGAGUCUACCAUCUUGUUCCCAAUCCCAAUAGAUUUGAUGAAAGGAAUGGGAAAAGGUGGUGCAGUCCGCAUGUGAUCAAAUCAUUGUACUCAGAGAGUGGUUUUUAAAUAACAAAACAUUUAAUUCUAAUUCAUGUAAAUAUAGGCUGUAACUUUCUGCAAUACACUGUAUCUUACCGAGAUAUUUAAGUAAGUUGGUGCAUAAUAGCGAAAUGCUGUUAGAAAAUUGAAAGAUAGCAGGAUUGCAGUGUCUUCAGAUAAAGGGCAAUAGCUUCUGAAAUUGAGAGAAAAGUGUUUUGUUUAAUUAAAUGGAAAAAAACAAUAAAUGACAAACUUUUUUGUGUGAUCACCACUAUUCCACCAGUGACCUUUUGACCUUGAUCCCCAUACCAUUUGUACUUCAAUCAAUCAGCAGUGCCUCUUGCUCAUUACAAAAGCCUUACAGAAGAGAGCAUCAGCUGAAGAGUAUUUGUAACAUACAAGAUUCCUUUUGUCACUGUGUGAUGUAUAGAUGUAUAUAAACUAACACCAUGUUAAUUUGACUAUUAAAUAGGUGUAUGAUAUGUAGAUAACAUUUGUAAUAUCUUCAGUAUCAUUCCACAUUAUUUGUAUUGUUUGUUUAGUGGAUAAGUAUGAACUAUGUAUAUUUUUGUAAACACAUUGUAAAAUACAUUUGAUAAAAUUCAUACAUUGAAUAAGUGUUACUUAGUCUAGAACAAUUCUAUUUCGCAUUGACUUUCAAAUGAAAGUAAAUGAAUUUAUUUGUAACACUGGUGAGAAAGAAGCAGUUUCUAGACUUUUCUCUUUGGCUCAGUCAGCAAAACAGUCGAUCUUUUGUUUCAAUCUCUGGCGGAGGUUUUGAAAAAACCAGGGACUUUGUUUUUUGCUUUUCAUAUGUUGAAUUUCAUUUUGUAUUAUGUGAACAUGACAUGUUCUUACAUACCAGGUAAAAACUCCAAAAUAAUUUAGUUUUAGUUUCCAUCAAAAUUUGAUAUUAUUCUGACACCUUUCACCGAGAUAAGGUUAUUUUCUUGGUAAGGAUUUACUGUGAUACCUUUUUUACUCUUCACUGUGUAGUAGUAUUCAAUGUAGAAAUAAAACAAAUUAAAACCAGG